ACAAAUCACAGUCUGAACAUUUCAUCAAAGUCAGAAACUCGUCCGAAUUGUUUGAAAAAUCAAUAGAUAUUGUUGAUGAAGAAUCAAAUUUCAUAUGCCCGCCUCAAUUGCAUUACAAUAAAGAGGUAAUGGCCAUAAUACCGUGCGUCUCCGGGAAGAGGAAGUUUGAAGACCAUGACAAUAAGAGCCAUAAGUCCAAAAAUAUAAUUAAAACAAUUUAUGUAAAUUAUAAUGCCGAUAAGAAUUCGAAUCCUGAAACAGCUGGUAAAAAAAAUGACGAAGAAAAUGAUUCUUCAAAGGAUUCGGUUAGAAAUGUAGAUAUUUGCGAUUUAAAUUUAAAGAAUGAAUUGAUGCGCGGUGUUAUAAGACCAGGACGUACAGGAUCGUUUCGGGCUUACGAUAAUGAAUCGUUAUGGAAUGCCUUGAUGGAUAUAAAGGGAGGUUCUAGUAUCUAUAGGGCUUCGCAAGUUUACAAUGUGCCGCGAAAGACUUUACGAAAUUGGAUGAAGCGCUGGGACAUCAAGAGCAGCUAUCCCAUGCCCAGGCAACUCAAACAAUUUGUAGAUAAUAUGAAAUUAAAAAAGCAGGCUUAAAUUUAUUAUAGCUACUUAAUAACAAUCUAGUCUCGAAUUAUUCAUGUUUAGAUUUUAUACUAUUUUUGAAUUAAGAUAUAUUUUUAAUUCGAUUAAUGUAAUUGUGUAUGAAAUAUGAAAUCCUUUAUUUGGGGAAAGUUUAUUCUAAGAUUCUUUGCCUACUUUCUAAAGUAGUGCUAACA